UCGUGUCAACAAACAUGGCGGAUAAAGACGAUAAAGAUCAGGUCUCUACUCUUUCCGCUACAAAUCCACUCUCAAGGAAGUUAAAUAAAAUAUUAGAAACACGCCUCGACAAUGAUAAAGAAAUGCUUGAGGCUCUUAAGGCUUUAUCAACAUUUUUUACUGAAAAUAAUCUUCGCAGCAGGAGGAACUUGCGAAGUGAUAUUGAGAAAAGAAGCCUUGGAAUUAAUGAAGAAUUUUUAACAGCCUUUCAAGUUGUUAAAGAGCAACUUGAUAGUGUUUACAGUGAUGUUCAAGCAAUGAAUGAAUGCUGCCAGGAUAUGACAAAUAGGCUAAAGGCUGCUAAAGCAAAAACAAAUCAUCUUAUAUCCCAAACUACUUCCCUCCAUAAUGAAAGUCAAAAGUUACAAGUAAAAGAGCAAGUGGCUAAUGCAUUCUUGGAUAAGUUUCAGCUGAAACCAGAAGAAAUUAAAAUUUUACGUGGAACAAGGGAUGGUGCCCUGCAUGCAGAUUUCUUCAAGGCACUAACUAGAGUGAAGCAGAUUCAUAGUGACUGUAAAUUUCUUUUGCGUACAAAUCAUCAGACUGCAGGCCUAGAAAUAAUGGAAUCUAUGGCCCUGCAUCAAGAAUCAGCCUAUGAAAGGUUAUACAGGUGGACACAAAAUCAGUGUCGUCAAGUGACGCAGGACACACCAGAUGUUAGUUAUUUGCUUUGCCAAGCUAUUGAAGCUCUGCAGGAUAGACCUGUAUUACUUAAGUAUUCACUAGAUGAAUUUGGUAAAGCCAGGAGAAGUGCUGUGGUCCGAGGAUUUAUAGAUGCAUUGACUAGGGGAGGUCCCGGAGGUACGCCUAGACCUAUUGAACUUCAUUCCCAUGAUCCCCUGCGUUAUGUUGGUGAUAUGCUUGCAUGGCUACAUCAAGCUUCGGCUUCAGAAAAAGAAUAUCUUCAAUCUUUACUCAAGAAUUGUACAGAAAGUAGUGUACAAAUGGAUGAUGUUCUUGGAAACAUAACUGAAGGAGUUUGUACACCAUUUAAGGUGAGAGUUGAGCAAGUUUUGGUAUCAGAACAAGACCCUGUUACCCUAUACAAGCUGGACAAUUUGCUCAAAUUUUACCACCACACUAUCAGUCAGAUAAUCAGCAGUGAGACAGCCUUGUUGUUGGUUAUAGCAGAGAUCCAGGACCUCAGCCAUCGCAUGUUUUUUAAUAGCCUGACUAGCCAUGCAAACAAGUUACUGGACAAGGUUGAACUUCCCCCAUCAGACCUAGGCCCUACAGCAUCACUGACUCAGACUUUACAGCUUCUGAGAGAUGUACUGGCCUGUCAUGACGCUUCUGUUGUUCCUAUUGAUGACAAGAAGCAAGACUACAAACAGAUCCUGGCUUGUGUCAUCGACCCACUGCUCCAGAUGUGUUCUGUCUCAGCAAGCAGACUGACCACUGUAGAUAUGGCAGCGUAUAUGGUCAACUGUAUCCAUCUGAUGAACUCAACUCUUGCGCUGUAUGAGUUCACUGAUACUAGACUGGAGAUGUUGCAUGCUCAGACUGAUGCUCAUGUGGAUACCCUUGUUGGUGAGCAAGCAUCGUACAUUUUAAAUAGAGUCGGACUCGCACAAAUGUAUGGAUCUAUACAACAGCAUCGGCCAGAAAAGGGUCCAUUAUCAUCUAUAUCAGGGCUGGAUGAGUUAGCAAUCAAAUCUGCUAUGAACAAGUUUGACAGUUAUCUGGCCCAACCAGAUAGUUUAACUUUACCACAGUGCAGUUUUAUACUUAGUUCAAGUGUCAGGGAAUCAGCUAAAAAGAGAACAGUGGAACUGGUAUGCCAAGCUUAUAAGGAAAUCUACAAAGCAAUUUUGGAUCCUUUGAAUGGUUACAAAGAUAGUUUAAACAUUGUGCCAAGGACACCAGAACAAGUUGUUCAUUUACUCAUGUAAAACUUUACUGCCAUUAAAAUUAUUUUUUUUACGUUGAUACAUUUAAAAAUUAAGAUGUGAUUGUUUAUAAUUUAUAACUGAGCUGGUCUUUACUGUAACUAGUUAAUCAAGGUAUCUUUAAAGUUACUUAUGUUACUAGAUUUUCAGUUAUCUUUAGUCUGAUUAAGUUUCAUAUUUGAGCCAAUUCAUUGUUGUGAUAAUGGUUUGUAAAUAUUGGGAAAUAAAAUUGAUACUGCUAUUA